AUGUUUUUUAACAAAUAUAGAAAGAAAUUUAAAAACACCAAAAGACGAUAUUGUGGUGUACCCGAAAUUAGUAGGAAAGAAGGGAACAAUUCCUUCCUUCCUAUUUUAGGCAGUGAUUCAUUAAAAGAACUUAUAUUAAGGGAUUAUUUUAAAAUAAUUUUAGAAAGCGUUUAUGAUAACUUUCAGAAAAACAACUACUUCUUUGAAGUCUUCAUAUAUGUGGACAUAAUAAAAUUAGUCGAUUCCAUUAGCUGUUUGGGAUACUAUUUGACCAAAAAUUUCGUUGCAUUUGCAAACUCUUUUAACGAAAUAUCAUAUAGUUUGUUGUCUGAGUUUCUGCAAAGUUUUAAGAAUGAAAGACCUAAUAGUGAUAUGAUAGAAUACCUCAACGUUCUAAUUAAGAGUAAAUUUUUUACUAUAACCCUUAUUCCAACUAAUACUCCAGUAAAAGUAGAUUGUAUUUUAAAUCUAGCGAAAUCAUAUAAAUUGGAAAAUAACUUCUAUAAUGUAAUAGAAUUAAUUAAUGCUAUAUUAAUUUGCCAGGAUAAAAGAAGUUUUUUGUAUAAAUCUAUUUAUAUGAGAAUAUGCGAAUGUUCAAACAAGUACUUGCCUCAUCAAAAUGUAAUCGUGAAAAUGAACAAACUCGGAGAUAUAAUUGACAAAAAGGAGGGUAAGGAGAUAUGUAAAUUAUGUUUUACAAAGGAAUAUGAAGAAAUAACGAGUAAAAGGCAGUUCAAAAAUUUUUUUCUUUUGAAGUUUUCUUUUACUAAAACACUUGAUGAAUAUAGUAACAUAGAUGAAUGCACAACUUUUGAAGUUUUAUAUCAAGACAUCCCUGAAAGAACAGAAACCUUUGAAACUGGAAUGAAGUACAACUUAAUUGUUGUGUCCAUUCCUAACCAACCAAAUAAAAACAGCAUUAAGGGUUCACGAGUUAGCAAUCUGUGGCUAUUGAAUUAUUGGAAACAUAAUACAAAAAAAUUUGGAAGUAACCUGUUGGCACUACCAGAAAAGGAAAAGACAUCGUUGUCCACUGAAAUAUUUAACGAUUUACUACAAUCCCAAAAUUUAGAUGACAUGAAUAAAAUUAUAGUUGACAUAUUAAAGAUGCCGAAUAAUAAUUCCUGUUUGAGUAAAAUUUGUAAAACGACCAAAUUAACCUUAAUAUUAAUUAGCAUUUGCAGUAACUUUUUAAAAUACUCAAAAAUGGACAUUUUUGCGUACGAUAUAUACAACAAAAUUAAAUCGAACAAAUGGCUAAAUCCUAGCUCAAAAGGACAUACCUUAGCAAGGGUAAGAGCGCCUCACUGUUUUUUUAUAUGCUUGGAUGAAAUAAUAAUGAAGGACUUAGUUAAAUUUUGCAAUUAUUUCUGUAACAUUAAACUACUCAACGUUAAAAAGGAUUCUUUUAAUAUAUUACUAACUCAAAAAUACGACAUAUUAGUCAUAAACAUAAAUAAUUUGAGUAAUUCUCAAAUAAAUGUAUUAGUGGAGUUAAUGAAAAAUGGGAUUUACAAGAAUAAAAAAUGUUUUUUUCCGAUAUCAACUACUUUUUGGGUCUAUGCUGUAAAACCAUAUAUAAGAAAUGAGCAGGAGUUUAAUGCAUACAUCAAGGAAGAUUUGUUAGCACGUUUUGACUUCUUGUUUGAACUAAGUUUUGAAGAUGUUGAUGAUUUAAUCGAUGAAAUAUUGAAAACAACAGAUGAUGUUGAAAACAAAAAUUUUGACUUUUAUUUUGAAUUAAAUAAUAAAUAUUCCUAUUUAAAAAAAAGCAAUUUAUCUAAUUUUGAAUUUAGCGAAAUGAGUGAUAUAACGAAAUCGAUCAUUCAAAAGUACUUUAACAUGGCUGCGGAUUUGUCAACGUUAACUAUAUACCACAUAGGAAUUUGCGAAUUGUUAUGUAUCAGUGUGUCUAUUUUAUUAGGGAAAAAUGAAUGCCUCAUUGAGCACGUUGUGUUAGGACUGUUUUUAUACGACACUUUUGUAUCUUCUAAAAAAAAUGAACUAACUCAAUUUGAUAAGAAUAUCUUAAAAAGCAUAAUAGACCCCCCGAACAAUGAAAGUACCUCUUUUCAGAAAUUAAUGAAUUAUUUUUCGUCCUAUAUAAAUGCCACGGUAAAUCUGUAA